AAAAUGUGGCGUCUGUCUAGCGGAUGUUGUUUAUGAUUUUCUGAACGACAUUUUCUCUGGGAAAUAAAGUUGACGUAUAUUAAUAUAAUUCUCUGAUAAAAUAUAAUCUAAAUGUCUGUAUAUGGUGUGUAAUCGUAUAAAAAUAUUAAUGAAAUAACGUUUAUGGUACUCUAAAACAGCGAUCUACGUGUCGCCUGCUAGUAUUACUUGAAGUUUUUUUACUGACAAUAUUAGCGGGAAAUCGCCUUAGUGACGCGCACAACAGUCCAGAACCUCUGUUUCUAAUUUAUUCGUACUGUGGCCUGGUGUAGUUUAGUGAUUGUAAUGUGGUUAUACAAGGCCUGAGACUAGGAUUGUGAUAUAAUUAGAAUUGACAAUGUCGAAUGAAAUGGCGGUUGGCGAUAAGGUGUCUAAGGAUGCUACUGUUUGUAGUGAUGUGGUUGUAGAAGAGGCUACACAUACUAAACAGGAUUCACAGCCGUCCUCAGAAACUUUGGUGGAGGAAUCUAAGGAAGAAGCCAAGCCUGAACAAGAAUCAUCAACCACAUCAGAUGCUAAACUAUCUGAUGAUACAAAUGAAAAGAAAGAUGAUAAUGACCAAAAAGGCAAAAAGCGCAGGGCGUCUGCUGCCUUCAGUGAUGAACAAGACACAGAGUUUAAGGGAUUUGAACAGAGUGACUGUGACCUAACAGAGUUCAAUAAGAUUGUUGAUGAGGAUUGGAAAUUUUUACGGAGAUAUUCAACAGAUCAAGACUUUAAGGGGUUUGAUUCUAUUGAAAAUAGCAGCUUGUCUGCUUAUUCUGAAAUUUUAGAUAAUUGGCAGGCUCAUGUAUCAGAAGCUGUAAAGCUCGUCACUCCGAUAAGAAAAGUUUUGACCUUACCAUCAAAGAUUCCAAAACGACCCAGACAAGACACAGAUAGUUCAAGACCAUCAUCAGCCCUAUCGUCAAGAUCCGAAGGAGAUGGAGCAACAGAUGCCUCCUCGUCCCCGGCCAAGGGUGGCCGGCGGCCCACCGUGGAGAUGUCGUCGCCGCUUCUGCGCGUGCCCUUGGAGCGAGGCUGGAAACGGGAGCUGGUGUACCGAGCGGCGCUCGAUGCGCACUCGCGCCGCAACGCCGACAUCUACUACUACAUGCCCAGCGGGAAGAAGCUCAGAUCUACCAGAGAGGUGGCCGAAAAUCUGUCAGGCAGCGGUCUCACGUUGGACAACUUUUCGUUCUUCAAGGAACCUCUCGGUAUAGAUGACCCCGAAAAGGAAAUAAUUCGCGACGCCAAAGUGAUCCGUCGCGUGGAAUCUCCCGUGCCGCCGCCCACUCAGACGGUGGCGGACCUCAAACGCACUCCCAAACCCAAACCGCCCAAGGGAGCCAGCCCCGAGCCCGCGGUGAAGUCGCCGCCUGCCAAAAUCAAGGUGAAGUCGAUCGGGUCCCGCCUCAACAACAACAGCGCUCCCUCCACUCCGGCGACUCCGAAGCAGCCCAGACGCACGUCUCAGACGCAGCCCGCCGCGGACAACAACAACACGGCCUGGAAGAAACCUAGCGAGAAAGCGGGCCGUCGCGUGACGAACGGGGCUUCGCCGCCGCCGGCCGCUUCCCCCCGGCGGAGAGGAAGGACCAAAGCGGACGACACGGACUACUUCUCCAGCUUCUACGCGAGCGCCCGAGAGAAGAACUACGACGUCGCCCUUCAGAUUUUCCAAUACGUGGGCAUGCGAGACCUGGCCCGGUGCGCGCGCGUCUGCAAGCUCUGGCAGACGCUGACGGAUACGCCCGCGCUCUGGAGACAUGUCCGGAUGAAAAAUUCACACGUGAGCGAUUGGGGCGGGUUGUGCACGGUCUUGAAGAAGCGCUCCACGAAAUGGUUGGACUUACGGAAAAUGCUCCUGCCCUCGAACGACACCGUCUUCUGGGAUCGAUUCAUCGAGAGCGUCGGCACCGUGGAGACUCUGGAACGGUUGGAGCUGUGCCGUUGUCCGGCUCGCGUGGUGGAGGAGGUGUGUCGGCGGGUGAGCACGUUGCGCGCGCUGUGCGCCCCCGCCAUCUGCGACACCGUGCUCGACCCCGAACCCUUGGCCGAGCUGCCGAGGCUGGAGCUGCUGAGGCUGAAGAGUCUGAAAGGUCUGUCGCUGACGCGCAAUCUGCAACCUCUGAGCGCGCUGAGGGACCUGCAGCACCUGUCCCUCACGUCCAUAAAGGAGCUGGGCUGGUGCGCCUGCGAGGUGGUUGGCCAACUGGAUCGACUGGAGUCUCUGGAGCUGGGCGAGUGCUCGUUCGGCAGUCCGUUCGCCGCCGCGCUCGCGAAGCUCGUCCGCCUCCGCAGGCUGAGGCUGGAGAGGGGCGUCCCGCACUGCGCCGCGUCGGCGCUCUUGAAGGCCCUGGCGUCUCUGCCGAAGCUCACCAGAUUGGAGCUGGUCAACUUUGACGUCAAGGUGGGCUUCGACGAUGCGUUGGCGGAGUGCAAAAACAUUCAGAGACUACUCAUAAUACCGACCUACGUGUCGCAGUCGGCGACCACGAACAAGCAGGUGCUGAGCGGCGUGCUCCGGCUGAAAGACACCCUGACGCAUCUCAUGUGGGGCGUCACCAUAGAGUUGCUCCGCGUCACCGAGCUCUUCAUCGAUCAGUGCGAGGCCGGAGGGGAGGUGGAGGCCUCGGAGGGGCAGGGGGCGAGGAGGGAGCUCGGGGAGUGCAUACCCGUGCUGAAGCCCGUGCCCGGGUGUAGGCUGCCCGACGAUUUGAGACACGUCGCCGGCCCGCCUCAGGUGGAAAUCCUCCCCAUUCCCACGCUGCAGCGGCUCCUGUCGGCCCAGCUGCCGAACACGAAGCUGAAACUCCUGCGCAUCCCCUUCCACGCCACCUGGCGGCAGACGCUCGCGGACUUCCAGUAGCACGCGCCGUCCCGCCGCGGCCUCGGCGAGUGACACUUUUAUUUCGACAGAGGGAAACGAGACUCCGAUAUAGUUGCAAUUUAUCAGAUUAAAUAUUUUAUCCCUAUUACCACGAUUUUUAAUAAUUUCAUCGAAAUUACAAAGCAAACGGAGCCAUCUCUUUCUGUCGUGAGCGUAUGGUGGCUUCGAAGCCGUUUCUGGAUAAUUUUUACGGAUCAGAUAGAUUUGAGAUGCCUUUGUCAGAUGACUCAGACGAGACUAUCUUUAAAGUUAAAGUUCACAAAUAGAAAUAAAUUAUGUCGCGUGGUGAAAGUGAGAUCGUCGUCAGUCGUGAGCCUUGGCAAAGAUCGCGAUGCGGCUGCAAAAGUCGUCGGGACGUCAUGAACUGUGAUCGUUCGACUCCGGAUGGCGGAAUGUAACUUUUAAAUAUUCUUGUAAAUUUGGUGAAACGCAAUAAAUCCACUGUCACCUAGGGUGUUCGCUAGGUUUUAAGAAUAUAGCGAAAAUUAUUUUUAUCGAUAGUUUGCAAUUGAUAUACAUAAAAUGUAAAUAAUGUAGUAGGCGGCGUGCGUACGUUUAAAUUACUUUGUUCGCAAGUGCCUCGGAGACGUUCAUGCGAAACGUGUCUCUGCCCGAAGACAGAUGUAUGUACAUAAUAUAUAAACCGUAUACCGUGACUCGUGAUCGUUAAUGGCGAGUUUUAAAAUAUAUAAAUAAUUACAAAAUGUUUCGUCUCCGAAUACAGAAAAGCCGAGCUCGUCCGGUGUCGUCGAAAAUGUCGUAUACGUUUCGAAUCGGUCGAGGGCGGGUGGUUUUUUGUCUAUCGGGACGUUUUACUACUCCUUUUGUGUAUGCGUUUUUUUUACUCACGUCGGCGAUAACUGUGUAUACAUAGUUUUAUGUACUAUAGUUUUAUUUUUAUCCGUUCCGCUGUAUGGAAAAUAAUAUUUGACUAUAUUUUAGUUUAGAUUGCGAUGCAAGAAUAUAUUGUAAAAAUCUUCAAACGUCUCGCUUUUAUGUAACGGUCCGGCAUAUGUUAAAAUUGUGCAUAAAUUGUGUCGAUCCACUUUAAUAAAUAUUUUAAAUAAAUAGUUGGUACUUUGAUAGUGAUUAUUGGCGGCAAAAUAAAUUGUUGUCCUCGA